CAUACCCCUUCCCUUCUUCCGGUCACGCGAUCCCCCUCUUGGACUUCGCCAAGGCUCUUGUCUCUCGUGACGUCCAAGUCACCGUUCUCGUCACCCCAAGAAACCUACCCUUGGUCCUGACCAACUUUUCUCCUCUUCUACAAACCCAUCUCCUUCCCUCACCAGAGUUUUCAAACCCCAACCUCAACAUGCAUGUCACCAUGAUCACCUUCAUGCACCACCACCACCACUCGUUAAUCGUGGACUGGGCCCAGGCCCAGGCCCAACCCACUCCCUCUUCUGCCGUCAUCUCCGAUUUUCUCCUCGGCUGGACUCAUCUCCUCGCACGUGAUCUCUGUUGGGAUAAAGAUAUUUGA